UCUACAGUAUAAAUGUUAUCUUAUUUUAAAUCUAGGCUGAGCCGGGUUGUUUUUUUAGAGACGAGAGGUUCUCUCAGUAGGAUGAUGUUUGUAAAUGUCCCUUUUCUCUUCUGCAGGUUCUGCUAAGGAUGUCCUCCAGCUAGAGAGCACACCUGCUGCACAUAUAACCAUGUUCAUGUCUGCUCGUGUACUCAGGAUCCACAGCUGCGUGCGCGCGUGAAAACAUGUCUGACUUGUGGACCUUCCCGGCAUCGUCCCCCUCCAUCGUCCACCAGUCCUCUCGCUCCCACUCCCUCCCUCCUUUCUCCACCUCCUUGUUCAGGAACCAUGGAAGCCCUUCUCCUGCCAAGGUGACCUCCCCUCAUGUUUAUCCGCCCCAGAAUACCUCCCCUCACAUGUGUUCCCGACAGGUUUCCUCACCGAACCCCGGACUUCGCUCCCAGCCAUCCUCGUUUCAGUUCCCCCAAUCCCCACUGACCUCCACGCACCUCGCACAGCCCCAGGUAACCUCGCCCCACCUGUCGCCACAGAUGGAGGCAUCCCCCUCUCCCCUCUUCUAUCAGCCCCAGAUAACCUCUCCUCACCACCCCGCAGCCCAGGUCGGCUCCUCUUAUCACCUUGGUUCUCCUCAAGUGAACUCCCCAGUCCUCCACAGUCCGCACGUUGCCUCCCCUCACCUUACCCCCCAACCGCAGCACUUCCUUUACAGCCAAAAUGCUGAACCGGAGUUGGAUUAUGCAGACUGGAGCAAGUGUGACGCGUCCUCAGAUCUGUCCUGCUAUCUCAACGGAGGCGUUUUUUCCUACCAGGACCAGUCGUCGUCCCCCCUGGACAUCCAUCUUCAGAGCCCGUACGGUACCAGCGACACUCGCCAUAUGGCUGAAGUGGAGAGGACAACCGACGCCUACAACACUCACACAAUUCACGUCAGUGGCAUGUUUGACCAGAGCGACCCGGCCGGUCAGGGCCAGCACCCGUGGGACCCCAUGUCACCGACCCUGGCCCAGGUGCAGUGCCCUCCUCUGGGGUCCACCUCUGCAGGAGAUCCCAUGGGGAGAUGGAGCUCUCCCCCUGCUGAAGACUUUCCCAACAACCAGUUCUACCACGAAAGUUACCCUGGAAGCAACACCCAGCAGCCCUUCUGUAGCCCGACCACCCCAGGUCCCAGUCCUCACUACCCUCAAACCCCAACAGUCUCCAGCCUCAGCCCUCAGAUGCACCCCAGGAAAGACCGGACAGGUGGUCCCAAACAAACAUCCAAGCAGCCGAACAGGGAUCCCACCUCAGGCCUGUCUCUGAACGAACCCAGCAGCUACUUUCCAUCCUCAGACAAAGCUCAGCAACACCCUCACCAGAGAACCCAACAUCACCUGCAGGGUCAAAGUGAACCGGCGGAGGAGACGACCGCCAGCCCCCUUGAAACCAGCUUCUCGCCUCAGGAAAGAGGGACGCCCUGCAGCAGUUCUGGUCCGACCCUGGGCCCCUCAGCGGGGCGGAGCUGUAAGGAGGAGUGUGGAGGAGGACGAAGAGGGCCGAGAAAAGGGAACCAAAGCCCAGCAGACUGGAACUGGGAGAAACCGCCGCCGCACAGAAGAGCCCCUGGAGCUGUGGACACUAGCAGGUGCCGGCUCCUGUGCACAGUGUGUAAACGCGACUUUAAGAGUUUGCCAGCAUUAAAUGGCCACAUGCGCUCCCACAGCGGCUUCAGAUCGCCGACGAGGCAGAAAAAGGAAACCUCCCCACCCACUCAAAGCCCAGUAUCCUUUGUGAUACCCGUCUCCGUGCCUGUCCAAACCAGAGAAAGGUCCGGGCAAAAGAAGGGUGUCAUACCCACUCCAGCCUACAGGGGCGCUGUGCUCUAUCGCAGCCUAAUGCAUCUGAGGGAGCAGGAUGGCUCUGCAGGGAACAAGGAUGGUGACAUGUGUACCACGGCUGAUUUAGGUCACUACAUCCCUCCCCCAGUGCUAUGCCCUGAGAGGGCUGGGUCGGGGCUGUACUGCUCCCUCGCCCUCAGGGGGCAGCAGAGAGCAGAGCCCAUUCGGCUCCACGGUGAAGUAGCUGGCCCCCUUUCUUUGGCGACAGCCCAUCCUUCGCCCGAGCAGCUAGCAUCAGGAAACAUCGAUAUCAAACCGAGGAUCAAUUUAGGCAAGAACUUCCAGGCUGAGAUCCCAUCUUUACGGGAUAAAAAAUAUGCCCGGGCUGACUCCCAUAAUGCACUGCUGCUGUGGACGCCGUACGAUGAGCUGGAGCGUCCCGUCAACCAGCAGAGAGUGGAGGCUCUGCUAAUGAUGGCUCGGUCCAGUGUGGUACCAGGAGCUCGUGCCAGCUCAGAGUACGCCCUCCAACUGCUAUCAGAGUGCAAGGGAGACUUCCUGCUAACGGUGGAGAAGCUGUUAUCAAGUCCUGAAACCUCCCCCCACCAACCUGGUGUUCGGUGGAGCGCAGCAGAGAAGAAGCUGCUGGUCAAAUCCCUGCAGAGCAGUCGCAAAGACUUCAGCAGCAUCCAGAAAGCUGUUCGGUCCAAGUCCCUGUCCGAGUGUGUUGAGUAUUAUUACCUGUGGAAGAAGAAGUUGAGUCUGGCUGUAAAGACUCCAACUGAGCUGACCGUCAGUCUGCCUGAAACAAAUGGUCAGAAGGCAUCAAAAUCCCAGAAGGCCUCAUGAAGCCAGGGACCAUCAACCUCUCAGGAUACACACUACUUAACGACAGAAACCCACACGUGUAGAUUUUCUUUUCAAAACAUUAUAUGUAAGGCCGUUUCUUCCGGGUUUGUUGGUUAAAUGUAGUUCACUUCGGUGAUGCAACAAUGUUUUUAAAUGACCACAUCUGUAUUUAUUCCCAGCUGUCCUCCACUCAGAUAUACUAUUGUAUCUAUAAAACCGUUUUCAUGUGCAGUUUUAAAGGUGAACUUCACCAAGGAGUCUUAGUUUUAUUUCAGUAAACUGUAGCAGCUGAUUUGUUUGAUGUAUUUCUGCACAACAUUGUCUUUUUCUUGCUACGACAAGUUAAUAAAGCAAGCACAUGUGGCCAAGCAAGCUGCUUGUUUGAAACUUU